AUGCCGAGUUGGGUGGUGGUCGUUCUGGCGAUCACCGCCGGCGUUCUCGCCGUCUUUGUACUUUUGCUCGUCUUCUUUUUCUUGCUCAAUAAGUCUCGGAGCAAGCAGCAGCAAACCGAAACCGAAAGAUCAAAGCCUGUGCGUGCGGAGAGCCGUGAGUUUUUCUUUUCACUUUUGAUAAUUUUUUCGAUUUUUCUGAUUUCGAAGAACUUUUUCUUUGAAGAAUAGGGUAAACUCCUUAGAUCCAGCGAUAGUUGAUUUUGGCUCGAUUGUCGGCUUUUCUCAUACGGCGGGUCUCUUGACAUGUGGCGCCAAAAUCUCAAUUGCUCAAUAGCGCACUGCGCAUUUUGCAUAUUUCUCGUCCUGGAAGUUCAAUUCAAACAAACAAAACUCUCAAAUCAAAGGUCUGCAUGAUAUAGAGGUUUUUGAGAAGCUGUAACAUUUGAAAAGUUUGAUUUUUGAUUUUUACAAGUCCCACUAUGUGAUAACUUUUGUCUCUCGUGUUUUAAUGACCAUAUAGCCUCAAAAAUUACAAUAUUUACUUUAAUAUCUAUGCAAAAGCGCUUCACCUGAUUUUUUCUACCGCUCGAAACAAAUUCAAACUGCCAAAAAUCACGGUUGAAGUUAUAAUUCCAGCAGGAGCAUAAGAUCCGUCGGUUGCUCUGAGUGUUCUUCCUGAUAAAUUUGCGUUUUUCACAAAAUUUAUUGAAUUAUUCAGGAGUCCGUCCGAAGAUCCCGAACCCGAUCUACACAAUUCAUUCAAACUCCAUUGAAAAGGGGAACAGUGCCAGUGAUACAGUAACCACUAGAAAAUGUAUUACAGCUUUUUCUGAUUCAAGUCAAUUUGAAUUUGAGUGUCGAUGAUGUUCGACUCGAAAAAGAGGUUUUCGACUGCGUUUUCCCAACGUUCCGCCUACUUUGAUUUUGAAAACUCACCUUUGCCUCGACACAAGGUUUUUCAGAAUUUUCAGAUUGGGUUUGGAGAAAAAAUGUUGCAGGAGUAUCUUGACUUCAACGACAUCGAAAACAUUCUUCCUAAAACAGAGACAAGACCCGCUGUGAGGUCGAAUCCUAGCAUUUCGAUAUUGAACGAAGUGCAAAGUAAGUCAUUUUGAAAAUCCUUUUGGUGGGUCUGGGGGGCGGGGUUAGUUCUUAGAAGCUCCAAAUAGUUGUAUGAAGCCAGCCAAGACUAUCAUGAAUAAUUUCGUUUUUAAAAAGUUAAAAAAACCGUGCAGAUUUGGAAUGCAGUCAGUACAGAAAAAAAGGGUCGAUUUUUCAAAGACUUCUGAAUUCUAAACAGUAUUGAUUUUUUUGAGCCUUUCCCUAACAAUGCAAAUAUAAAAGUACUCAAAAGAGCAGAAAAAAGUUUUUGACAGCUAUGAGAUUUUAUGAAUUUUUUCAGAACCAAAAUAACGUUUUUUUUUAAAUUAUUCAGACCAGGGUGUUUUAAAGUAUUUUCUAGCGAAGUUGCAUCAAAGGCUCACCUUUUCAAAUUCCUUGGUCAGUUUAAAGCGAAGCUUUAUCAGAUUAUCAACUGGACGCAUUUUCCACUUCCUCAUUAGUUUAAAAAAUUAAACAAAGCGCCAAUCAUGCUGAUCGCACAAAAAACAAGAUUUUUGUGAUCUUUUUCUGCUGGCUAGGAUUUUGAGAUAGAAAAUUAUCAAGCUUUUUUCAAACCUUUGCAGAUGGAAAAAGAGGACCAGCAACAGCUUCAAGAAGUGAGGCUGUCAAGCAAGUGUUUGCAGAAGACGAGAUUUCCUUCAACAAAUCGGUCCGCCCGAUCUUCGCCAAUUGA